AUGCGGGGCCUCGGGUUGCUGAGCCUAAGCGUGCGGAGCCUGGGGGUGCUGAGUCUGGGGGUGCUGAGCCUAGGGGUACUGUGUCUACACUACGGGAGCCUCUCUCGCCACAGCAGCUGCGCGAGUGGUACACUCGGCGCACACACCUACGGAGUGGCACUGCUGGAGCUGGAGGCCCUGAAUUUGCUAGUCCUGGAGGUUAUAGAGGUACUACUAGUACUGGAGGUACUGGGGGUGCUGGAGCUACUAGUCCUGGAGGUGCUACUGGUGCCUCGCCCCAACGGUCUAGCCGGCGGGAGCCUCUCUCACCACAGCAGCUGCGCGAUUGGUACACUUGGCGCACCCGCCUUCGAAGUCGUGCUGCUACUGGAGCUACCGGGGGGAAGUGCUGGAGCUGCUACUGGAAGUGCUGGAGCUGCUGGUCCUGGAGGUGCUGGAGCUGCUGGUCUUGGAGGUGCUCGUGCUGGAGGUACUAGACCUACCGGGGCUGGUGGUGGUGGUGCUGCUGGAGGUACUGGAGCUGCUGGAGGUACUGGAGGUGCUGGAGCUGCUGGAGCUGGUGGUGCUGCAGGUGCUGAAGCUGGAGACCCUGGAGCUGGAGGUGCUGGUGCUGGGGGUACUGGAGUUGGAGACCCUGGAGCUGGAGGUUCUGGUGCUUGGGGUGUUGGAGCUGUCGGUACUGACCAGUCGCAGCCACAGUUACAGCCAGCCUCCCCAUUACCUGCUCCUUCUCCUUACACUGAGCAGACAGACUCUCUUACAGAGCGUUGUGAGCCUGCGUCUCACCCUGCCUUGCCUGUUCGUGCUGGUCGCACUGGUAGUUGUGUUCCGUGUCUGCGUCCUCCUCCUUUCCCCGGCACUCACAGUAUGACACUUCGUCCUUCCUCUGUUCCACUUCGAGUUCCCCUGCCGUCUCAUCAUGCGUCCUCUCUUCCUGACGGUCCAGACCCUAAGUCUGACUUAGUUCGUGCUGCCAGUCCUACUAUCACCCUUCUCCUAGCCAGUGUUGUCACCGACCCUUCGUUUGAGUCCACUGCCGCGUCUGCCCUAGUUGCUGAGCUUGUCCACUUUACUGCUAGCUGUCGACUUGACUACGCCACUAUUCUUGUUGCUAAGUCUGAGUCUGUUUGUCCUACGUCCGUCAGGGGUGAGUGUGCUCUUAACACGGACGUCCUUAAGGACAGACAGGAAGACUUUGAGUGUCUUGCAGCUGCUGUACAUCAUCUCGUGUCCAUUCUGCCUGCACCUGAUGGAGAUCCGGAUGCUCCAGACAUCCCCACCCCGUGCUCUUACGCAGAGGCGAUUACGUGUCCCUACUCCCAUCACUGGCAUACAGCCAUGGACACAGAUAUGGCAUCAUGGAAGUCCAUAGGCACUUACAUCGACGCAGUUCCCCCUCCUAGGGCGAACAUUGUCGCUGGCAUGUGGAUUUUCAUGGUGAAGCGGCCGCCGGGUUCUCCGACUGUCUUCAAGGCUUGUUACGUUGCUAGAGGCUACGGUUAG